GGAAAAAUGGGUGGCACCUAAAGUGGACAUCAGGGAGUGCGCAAAGUCUGGCACGGCAGUAUCGAACUGGGCGCGUCUCACCGCCUGUCGGCGCUGCGGGGUGGCCAAGAAGAAGCGCAAGCCAGAUGUCGCCUUCUACGACUCGAGCCAGCCCACGAAGAAGGCGCCCCGGCACAACAAGUGGAGCGAAGGAGGCCCACCCUUGGCGGAAUGCCUCGGGAGCAAGUCCGAGCCUGGGACGCCGCCGCCGUCGUCGGAGCAAGACGCGGCAGAGCGCCUGCAGAUCGAGCUGGAGCGGGUGGAGGUGCACGAGAAGCGAUUCGACCUGCAGGGGAAGCCGAUCCAGGUCACCAAGACGGAGGCCAGGGUCGAGAAGCUUAAGAAGGAGCUCGCGCCGAUCCAGUCCAAGCACGACGAGGAGAUGGCGGUGCUCGAGAUGCAGAGGACGGCAGUCAAGGAGUACACCACCACAAUCGCCAUGGUCAUGCAGAAGGAGGGCGCCCAGGGCCCACUGGCACCGUCGACGCCAGGCGCGCAGCUGGUGCAGGCGCUGCUGGACGUCGUCAAGGGCAGGCUGGGCGUCGAGGGCGCUCGCAUCGCCAAGCAGAUCGAG